UCUUCUCCAAGCCGCCGGCGUGCUCGUCGCAUCUGGGGAGCUCCUACAAAUACAGGAACGGUCAGGGCGGGCCAAACCCUAAAACCUCGCGCUCCCGCUCCGCUCCCAUGGCGGCCGUGCAGCGACUUCUGCGGGCAUCCGCCUCCGGUGGAGCGGCGGUGGCGAGGAGGCGCAUGUCCACCGCGCUGGCGCCGGAGCAGACGCCCUCGGCCGCGGCCUUCCCGUUCGCGGUGGCGGAGAAGGCGAGGCGGCGGCCGGCGGAGGAGAGGAACAUGCAGUGGGUGUUCCUCGGGUGCCCCGGCGUGGGCAAGGGGACUUAUGCCAGCCGCCUCUCGCGCCUCCUCGGCGUGCCCCACAUCGCCACCGGGGAUCUCGUCCGCGACGAGCUCGCUUCCUCCGGCCCACUAUCUGUGCAGCUUGCUGAAAUUGUCAAUCAGGGGAAAUUGGUUUCUGAUGAAAUUAUCAUCAAUCUUUUGUCUAAACGUCUUAAGAAAGGAGAAGAACAUGGUGAAUCGGGUUUUAUUCUUGAUGGAUUCCCACGUACUGUAAAACAAGCAGAAAUUCUUGAUGGAGUUACUGACAUUGAUAUGGUGGUCAAUCUAAAGUUGAGAGAAGAUGUCUUAGUUGAGAAGUGCCUUGGCAGGCGUAUUUGUAGCCAAUGUGGAAAGAACUUCAAUUUGGCCUGCAUUGAUGUUAAGGGUGAAAAUGGGCUGCCACCAAUCUACAUGGAACCGCUAUUGCCCCCAAAUAACUGUAUGUCAAAGCUUAUCACCCGAGCUGACGAUACUGAAGAGGUUGUGAGAAAUCGGCUGCAGAUAUAUAAUGACAUGAGUCAACCUGUUGAGGGUUUCUACCGGCAGCAAGGGAAGCUUUUAGAAUUUGAUUUGCCUGGAGGAAUCCCUGAGUCUUGGCCAAAGCUGCUCCAUGUUCUAAAUCUUGAGGACCAAGAAGAGAUGAAGCUGGCCACUGCGUAAGGCCGUGGGCCUUGCUUGGCGUAGACCAAUGAAUUUACACAGCGUGCAAUUCUGAAUAAUGGAAAAAAGGAGCAAACUUAUUCCAUAAUGUGUGCCUUAGUAGAAGUAAAUUUUGACCCAAAGUGAUUUAUUUUAGCCGGUGUUUUGAUGAGCCGGUACACUGUAACUGUCAAAUUGAAAUAUUGACCUUAAUUUCUCGCUUUGAUUUAGCCUGCUGAGAACAGGAGAGCAUCA